UCAAAGAGGAAAGAUCUAUGUCCUAAGGAAUGAUGAUAUCCAUGUCCUCGGCUCUGGGAUCUUGGGGACACCUGUUUUCCCGGUGCAUUUUUCUGGCUUUUCUUGGAUUUGUAGGAAAUUUCAGUUCCUUGCCUGGUUGCCAAUGGUGCUGUGAGUGCCUGGAGAGCAGAUUGUAAUGGAAAUUUUCGCAAAAGCUGGAUUUUCCAGCCUCUGGCUACUCAUUAAUAGUUCUCCUGGUCUCCCAACUCCUUCACAUCUCUCAUGGAAUUUGGGGGUUAUCCUGGAUCUUUCCAUGCUCUCCCCAGCUGGGAUCUCCCCUGUAACCCAAAGUCCCAUUCCAUGCGGGUUUUUCCCAAAUCCUUCCCUCCCAGAGACAGCUUGUGCUGGAAGCAUCCCUGGCUCCCGCUUCCAUCCCAUAUUUUCAGAGGAGGCUGCAGGGACAAGGCUAUAUUUGGACAUCUCUUCCGAGAGCUGGGGGAGCAGGGAGUGACCUUGGACUCUGCUGCUGCUUUUAUUGCCUCUGUUUACCUGCCUGGAGCCGCCUGUUCCCAAAUUUUGUGAGGCCCAGGGAGCAGCACAGCCCAGAUCCUGGAAGUACUCUCCCAACCAAAACUGGGGGUAGUUGGCACCCUGCUUUUUUUGGGAUAAAAGCUGGCCAGGGCUGGAUCAUUGUUUAUUCACUGACACUGGUUACUGAGCUGCCUCCCAGGAAUUUGGGAUCAUGUUCCCUUAGGACAGGAGCUUCCUAUGGCUGCAUUGGGUUCCUAAGAAACCGGUGUGACCCCGGUUUUCAUUUGGAAGGGGGCUGUGUCUUGCCUGGGUGAUUCCAACCCCUGGGGCAGGAUUUUGUGGGGAGAAAUCCAUGCUGGAUUGGGAAUUUUGGAGGCAGCAGCACCCUUUGCUCCAUGGGAUCAAUCAUUUACCUGCCUCCGACCUUCGCUUCAUUCCCUGCUCUGGGAUGGGGCCGCGGGGCUGGGGGGAAUCUGGGGGUCACCGGAGCAGGGUGUCCUGCAGCAUCCCUCUCCCUCCUGGAUGCAUCCCACCAUCCCGGCUCCACUUGGCCCCUUUCUCCGCCGCGUGGGUCCCCGUGCAGGGCUGGGAAGGCGGCCCAGCGCCUCCAGGAGAAGGAGGAGGAGGAGGAGGGGUGGGGAGAGGCCAUGCCGGAGCUUUGCCAGAUGUGGGAAAGGAGAGAAGGGGGGACGCCUUUCCCUCUGCUUCCCAUACCGAGGGGGGACCCCGUUCCCCGGCCCGCAGCCAGGGCAGGAAUGGCGGGGAUGCCACCGCUCGCCCCAGGCUGCCUGUGUGUCCCUGUUCCUCUCCAGCGGCCAGGGCAGGGUGUAUCCCGCGAGGAAGAAGCCGGCCAGCUUUGCCGUGGAGAGGCGCCGCGUGGGGCCCCACGUCUGCUUCCCAGGCUCCGGCAGCGGAUGUUGUCCCGGCUGGAUGCUGUCCCCGGGCAGCGGGAAGUGCACCCUGCCGCUCUGCUCCUUCGGCUGCGGUGGUGGCUCCUGCAUCGCUCCCAACCUUUGCAUGUGCCCGGAUGGAGAGCAGGGAAUCACCUGCCCAGAGCCACCGGGAACUUGCGGAGAGUAUGGCUGUGACCUGUCCUGUAACCACGGCGGCUGCCAGGAGGUCGCCCGCGUGUGUCCCGUCGGCUUCUCCAUGGCCGAGACGGCCAAUGGCGUCCGCUGCACCGACAUCGAUGAGUGCCAGAGCGCGGCCUGCGAGGGGACGUGCGUGAACACGGAGGGCGGGUUCGCCUGCGAGUGCGGAGCCGGCCGGGAGCUCUCUGCUGACCGCCGCAGCUGCCGGGACACGGAUGAAUGCCAGGCCACGCCGUGCCAGCACCGCUGUGAGAACAGCGUGGGCAGCUACCGCUGCUCCUGCCGGCCCGGAUACCACCUCCACGGGAACCGGCAUUCCUGCGUAGAUGUGGACGAGUGCCGGCGGCCUGGCACACGCCACUCCUGCCAGCACAGCUGCCACAACAUUCCCGGCAGCUUCCGCUGCUCUUGCCGCCCCGGAUACCGGCUCAGCGCGGACAGGGUGUCCUGUGAAGGGUACCCCAAAUCCAUCCUGGCCCCGUCGCCCAUCCUGCAAUCCCUGCAGCAUCCACCCACCCUUGUCCUGCUCCCUCCCAGCUCCCACCUGCUCCCGAGGGGUUCCCCCUCUCCCCACCUCCCUGUGGCCCCUCCUGGUACUCAGUUCCCUCCCUCCUCCCCAUCCCUGUCCCCUGAGCCAUCUCCACGUGCCAUGGGAGCCCCCGGCACCUCCAUCCCACCAUCCCGUCGUUGUUGGCACCGGGGGAUCCCUCGGGAGCCUGGCGCUCGCUGGACAGGGCCAGGAUGCCAGAGCUGCACCUGCCAGCAGGGGGGACAAGUCCUCUGUGACACGGUGAGCUGCUCUGUUCCCUGCUCCCACCCACUUCCCGCUCCGGCUGGAGGUUGCUGCCCCACCUGCACAGGGUGCCUGCACGAGGGGGUGGCCAGGGAUGAUGGCGAUGUCUUCUCCCCGUCCGAUGGGAAUUGCACCAUCUGUGUCUGCUUGGCUGGGAAUGUCUCCUGCCUCUCCCCGGAAUGCCCCCCAGGAUCCUGCCCCAGCCCCUCUCCAGCUGACUGCUGCUCCUGCAAUCCAGAAAACUGCAAUUUCCGGGGACACACGUACGCGCAUGGAGCCCGGUUCAGCCUGGAUGGAGACGACUGCACCACCUGUGUCUGCCAGGGAGGUGAGGUGGAAUGUUCCUUCACUCCCUGCCCCAUGCUGGAUUGUCCCCAGCACCAGCGGCACCUGGGUCCUGGGCAGUGUUGCUCCACCUGUCGGGACCCUCCGGCCCCUGCCGCUGGGAACAGGGAUCCUACCCAGGUUGCUUCCUGGAUGACAACGGCGUGGAGUUUCCUGUUGGACAGAUCUGGUCUCCGGGCGAUCCCUGCAGACGGCUCCGUGAGCUGCCAGCGCACGGAUUGCUUGGAGACGUGUCCAUAUCCCAUCCGCAUUCCCGGGCAGUGCUGCCCCGACUGCUCUGCAGGCUGCACCUACAUGGGGAGGAUCUUUUCCAACAAUGAGACCUUCCCGUCGGCGCUGGAUCCCUGCCUGAGCUGCAUCUGCCUGCUGGGCUCGGUGGCCUGCUCGCCUCUGGAAUGUGCCAUCGUGUGCUCCUACCCCUUCCACCCCGAGGGUCGGUGCUGCCCUGUCUGUGAGGACUGCAACUAUCAGGGCAGGAAGGUGGAGAACGGCCAGAGCUUCAUUCCCGAGGGUCAGCCCUGUACCCGCUGCACAUGCCAGCUUGGAGAGGUGAGCUGUGAGGAGAGGCCAUGCCCUCGCUCCUGCUCUGAGCCCCCCACGCUGCCCGUGGGCUGCUGCCCAUCCUGCCCAGCCACAGACAUCCGACUCCCGCUGCAGGAGAGAGACCUGUCCCCAUCCCAGUCCCCAUCCUCAUCCCAGUCCCCAUCCUCAUCCUCAUCUCCAUCCUCAUCUCCAUCCUCAUCCCACUCCCCAGCCUCCCAACCAUUCUCAUCCCAGUCCCCAGUCCAUGAAGAUUCAUUCCCUGGCACCCCUCAACACCAUCGCUACCGCCUGGCCCAGCUCCUGCUUCCCACCACACUCCCCCUUGGCCUCUCUCCGGGGAUUUGGGGUGCUGGGAAGCCCCCUCCAACCACUUCAAAUCCCUCUGGAUAUCCCUUGGCACCCACUGUCCCCCCUGAGCCCCUCCAUGAGGCCACAGAACCCCCUGAUCCCACGGGCAGCCCUGAGGCUCAGGGAUCCCCCAGGAAUGAGGAUCCCUCUGUGGUGCCAUCGGACAGCCUCAGUUUCCAGGUGCCAGGUGUGCCUGGAAUGCCGUGAGGAGGAGAAGGAGGAUGAAGGAAAGGAGGAAAAGGGGGUCUGCAGGACCAGCAGGCCUGGCCCUGGGGAGGGGGCAGCUGUCCCCCUGCCACCAAUAAAGUCAUUUUGGUAUUUAUUCCCUGUGCCCUCAUCCCUGUA